CUUGGACCAUUAUUAUUUUUUAUUUUUGUUAAUGAUUUACACAAUGCUUACAACAAACUGAACAUUAUACCCUUCGCUGAUGAUACCACUCUAUUACUCUGGCUCUAACACCAUGAAUUUAUUUAGUACAGUAAAUUAUGAAAUUAAAGAAAUAGCAAACUGGUUAACCAUAAAUUUUAAUAAAACUAAUUAUAUUCUGUAUAGACCAUAUCAAUGUACUUGUGAUCUUCGUAAUGCUGUAAUUAAUAUUGUUGAUAAUAUUAUUGAGAAUAAGCCUAAUACAUUAUUGCCCCAUCGCUUUUGAUCAAGAUUGAUGUAAAGCAUAACAAUGCUACAUGCGGCCUUAUAUAAAUCAAGUAUACCAUACCAGAAACCAUACCGCUAAUUAACAUAAGCUGUAAUUAUUUGAAAAAUCAGCCUAUCACUGGUACGAACUGCGCGUAGCAAAAUGAUGGUAAUAUGUUGUUAUGGAAACAAAGAGUACGUCUUCCAGCACUAGAGUGAUUUCACUUUUAUAGCGCUUCAUGUGGCGUAAGGAAGUUUAUAAUCCAUGAAACAGCCACCGUAAUGGAGCCGAGCUUCCAGCAACCACCAACCAGCAAACGCGUCAAAAGGAAAGACAAGGAUGGCAAGAGUACCACUUCAAGUGUUGCAUCGAUAAGUCCGGCGACAGAUACUACCCGAGGAGCAGUAAAGAAUAAAUGUAACGGCAUCUGCACUGGUGCAUCCUCUUUGGCUCCGAGUGGCAAGAAACAGCAAAUGGUCAAGAUGAUGACCCUCAUUCUGUUGCCCAUAUUUGCCCUAGUAGCUUUGGCCAUUUCUGAUCUCAUAACAACUGUGAGUCGCAGUAUUAACGCAACUGAAACGCGUCGGAAUGUUCGUUUAAGCCAACAGGUUGGAUCUCUUAUCCAUAGUUUGCAGCGAGAGCGUGAUAUGACCGCGCUCUACAUUAGCUCACUGCUAGAAGAGAACGGACCAGAACGGAAGACCUUUCUCAUCGAUACCUACCCAAUGACAGACGAGGUUAUAGAAAGUCUUAAUGACUGGCCAAUGAAAGAAACAAGGGCAUACAAAAAAUUCAAAAACAAGCAAACCUUUAUGAACUUUCUCAUUAAAUAUCGUUUAACACUGGACAACCAAAACACAACCAUCUACCAGGUAAUCCACUUCUACACAGACGCAAUACAGAUCUUCGUUGACUGGUUCAACGAAAGUGUCGGAAAAUCUGGCGGACAAGGUGUCUGGGAAACAUUGGUUGCCUAUCAGCUAUUAAUUGUUGGUAUGGAGCAAAUUGGUAUUGAACGAACAUUGGGUGCGGUAUUUUUUACUCAAGGCGGGUUUCAGCAAGACGAUUACCUUUGGUAUAUGAAGAAACUACAAGUCGGUGAGAGUAAUAUAAAGUCAUCUAAAAAAUACUCAUCUCUAGUCAGCUCCAUGUUAACAGAAAGAGUUUCUCAGGUCAAGUAUGAUUUUCAGACCACAAUUUCGAAAAUGAGAAAAGAAAUAUCUCAGAAUAACAUUAACAGACUUCCAUCAUGGCAAGAGGGGACCUGGUGGUUUGACAACAUGACCAUAUACAUCGAUACCUUACAUGAAAUCCAGAGUCGGAUGGCAGUGAUUAUUCUUUCCAGACUCGACGAGGCAAUGAAGGCCGAUACAGCUGGUUUAUCGACUGGUAUCAGUAUCAUGGUGGUCGUCAUCAUCAUAGGAUUAGUAAUAUUUAAAGCAGUUGAAUCUUUGACAUCAUCGAUCCAAGAUUACACUCUCGUACUUGCUGACCAAACAAAAAAACUAAAAACUGAAAAGGAACGUACAGAUACGCUGUUGUACCAAAUGCUUCCGAAGUCAGUGGCAGAAAAUUUGAAACGUCAUCAGCAUGUUAAAGCUGAGUCUUACUGCUCGGCGACAAUCAUGUUCUCAGAUAUUGUUGAAUUCACUCGAAUAUGUUCUAAAAGCACUCCUUUUCAAGUUGUCGAUAUGUUGAAUAAUGUUUACACGAUUUUUGACAAAUAUAUUGACAGAUAUGAUGUUUACAAAGUUGAGACAAUAGGUGAUGCCUACAUGGUUGCAUCGGGCAUACCGAAACGAAAUGGAAAUAAACACGGUAGCGAAAUCGCUCUUCUUGCAUUAGACCUUAUACAUUGUAUUAAAGGUGUUGGUAUCCCACAUAAACCAGGUUACUCUAUGACGAUACGAAUCGGUAUACACACAGGUGCUGUUGUUGCCGGAAUUGUCGGUUCCAAGAUGCCUCGUUACUGUUUGUUCGGUGAAACCGUCAACAUGGCUUCCCGGAUGGAAUCAACUGGACUCCCAAAUCGUAUUCAGAUAAGUGAAACAACUCACAACAUUCUGUCGAACAUUGGCGGUUUUUUAAUGAAUACGAGAGGAGAAAUUUUUAUAAAGGGGCGUGGAAUUGUUUUGACUUAUUGGCUCAUUGAGAAGGAAACAUUCAGCGUGAGUCAGUCGGUUUCCAUACCAAUGCAGUUGCUCAACUUACAGUUGCCCGGACAAUGCGUUCUCUAGUUCGUCACGAACCAACACAAGUACGAACAUUACCAAGAAAACAAGCAUCAAGCGAAGGGGAUGCUAUGUGCGUAGAUUAACAAAGUGGAUACCAUCUAAACUUACAUAUAAAGAAUCUCUAUACUGUAUAUAUACUUAUUUUGUAUAUGUAUAUUAGUUCUAUCAAGACCCAUUCAUUGUUUCUCACAGUAUUAUAUAUAUACUCCUGUUACCUUCGUCGACGCUUGAGACACUUAUAUAUACACAUAUAUAUAUAUACAUAUACAUA